AUGCCGAAGUACCUCUCCAAUCUGGUUGUUAUGUACGCCGAGGAAGAGGCUUCUCAGCCUGAUGACAUAGUCACCGAGCUGCAAGGCUUGUCGUCUGAUAUCAACAAGGGCGUGGGGGGCUUGUAUGUGUGGCUUCAGCCGCAAUGGACUGCCGAGAAAGAGGGAGCGAUCACCCAUCUAUCCUUUGAAAAGCCGAAGAGUGAGAUCAGAAAUUACAACAAUCUGGCCUUGCAGAGAAAGGAUGAAUAUCGAUAUAUCACCGCUGAGCCCAAAGGCGAAAGGCCAAUUACUAGAGUCGGCCUUUUUCGCACCGAACACGAACUUACCCCUGAACAGAUCAAGACACGGAUCGGGCAAAGUGGAUACACGAACUACACUGCCGAUAUAAAUCAAGGCCGUGGGGCGAGCUAUCUGUACCUUGUGUGGACAUAA